UCCCCACCAAUCAAAUCCGACCGGCCGCUUUCUUGUCAGUUCACCGCCAUCGCCGAAUGAAUUUGAGCUUAUGAGCGGGCGGUUUUACUCCAGAGAUUCACAGCGGCGGUGAUUUUGGGUAAAAAAGGGAAAUGAUUGACGGACUGCUUAUAGUGUAGACGGAAGGAGUUGCUUCGCUGCUUCGAAUUUACAUCUUUAUCCUCACCCCCUUCCUCCUCCUUCAUCGACUUGAAUCUUUAGAGAGAGAAAGUGAAAAAGGAAGAGAAUUUGCAAUCAAGGCCAUGUCGCGCUGUUCAUAUCUGCACUUGUAAUAAUGGCGGAUGAAUCCGAGUCUAGCAUUUUCUACGAAGGCUCCGACCUCAUGGUCGAUCCUCCCUGUUCUUCGACGCAGUGAGGCCUGGCAGGGCGAUUGUUCUCGCAUUCUUUGUCCGAUUCGAGUAUUUUCUCCGAUUUCAAUUCAGUUUUGGUGCUGUGUUCGGAUUGGGUUGUCUUUUACUUAGGCCUUUGAUUCAGAGGGAGCAGAAAGAUAAGAUGGACGGCGGCGCUGAGGGUUGCGGAGGUGGGGGAAACGAAGCGGGUCCCCCACAUCCUCUUGAGUGGAAAUUCUCUCAGGUAUUCGGUGAGCGUACGGCCGGGGAAGAAGUCCAGGAAGUUGAUAUCAUCUCAGCAAUUGAGUUUGAUAAAAGUGGGGACCAUCUCGCUACUGGUGAUCGUGGGGGUAGGGUUGUAUUAUUUGAAAGGACUGAUACUAAAGAGCAUGUUGCAAGUGUUGGAAGUCGGAAAGAAGUUGAAAGAAUGGACUAUCCGCUUAGUCGGCACCCAGAGUUUCGGUACAAGACAGAAUUUCAAAGCCACGAGCCAGAGUUUGAUUAUCUUAAAAGCUUGGAGAUUGAGGAGAAAAUUAACAAGAUUCGAUGGUGCCAAGCUGCUAACAGUGCCCUCUUUCUUCUGUCCACGAACGAUAAAACAAUAAAGUUUUGGAAGGUGCAAGAGAAGAAAGUAAAGAAAAUAGCUGACUUGAAUAUCGACCCUUCUAGAUCUAUUGGGAAUGGCAGUGUUUCCAGUUCAAGUGUUACUCUGACAUCAAACAAGAAUCUCACAAAUGGGGACUAUCAUGAUAGACCUUACAAUAGUUUGAGCAACGACUCAUCAUUACCUGCCAGUGGCAUCUCUGCACUUCGUAUACCUGUGGUUACAAGUAAUGAUAGCAGCCUUGUAGCGCGAUGUAGGAGAGUUUACGCUCAUGCGCAUGACUAUCAUAUCAAUUCCAUUUCAAACAACAGUGAUGGUGAAACAUUUAUAUCAGCUGAUGAUCUGCGAAUAAACCUGUGGAACUUGGAAAUAAGUAACCAAAGUUUCAAUAUUGUCGAUGUAAAACCAGCAAAUAUGGAAGAUCUAACAGAGGUUAUAACUUCAGCAGAAUUUCACCCAACACACUGUAACACGUUAGCUUAUAGUAGUUCAAAAGGAUCUAUUCGUCUCAUUGAUUUACGGCAAUCGGCACUGUGCGAUUCACAUUCCAAAUUGUUUGAGGAACAGGAGCCAGCUGGCUCAAGGUCCUUCUUCACAGAGAUAAUUGCUUCAAUUUCUGAUAUUAAAUUUGCAAGAGAUGGAAGAUACAUCCUCAGUCGUGAUUACAUGACACUCAAGUUGUGGGACAUAAAUAUGGAUUCUGGGCCAGUGUCAACAUUCCAGGUUCACGAAUAUUUAAGACCAAAGCUAUGUGAUUUAUAUGAGAAUGACUCCAUCUUUGAUAAAUUCGAAUGUUGCUUGAGCGGCGAUGGAAUGCGAGUAGCUACAGGAUCCUACAGCAACCUGUUCCGUGUUUUUGGCCGUGGGGUGGGAAACACUGAAGCAACAACUCUGGAAGCAAAUAAGAAUCCUAUGAGAAGACAAGUCCAGGCCCCUUCAAGGCCUGCCAGAUCUAUAAGCAGUAGUAUAACUCGCGUUGUCAGGCGAGGAGGAUCAGAAAGCCCAGAUGCAAAUGGAAAUUCAUUUGAUUUCUCAACAAAACUUCUUCAUCUUGCUUGGCAUCCAACUGAAAACUCGAUCGCGUGUGCUGCUGCAAACAGCCUGUACAUGUAUUAUGCAUCAUCAUCAUAAUAAUUAAUAUGAACAAUAAUAGUAAUAAAAUCACACAGGGAUAGAAAAGCACAAUCUCUGGGUGCAAUUUGUGAAAGAGGCUGUCUUAGCAUUUGUCUCACUUUUCACUGCAAAAUUGCCUCGCUAAUGUGGGGUCCACACAAUGUAAGUUCAAUGGCAACAAGGGUUCGGAAGCAGCAGAAAAAAUCUUCAAUGGUUAAGAACCACUGGUCUCUGCCCCAUCCUCUUUUGCCUCUUUUCCCUAUCUGUGUCUGCCAUUUGUUAAGGAAGAGGUUUUACACAUCUGUGAUGGUUGUGAUGUGGGGAGAGUCAGGAAAAAGAGUCGCUUGCUGCUGCUAACUUUUCUCAGGCAUCAAGGCUCUCAACUUCUUUGCGAUAGAUUGAUUUUAGCCUCCUGUAGGAUUAUUAAUUUAAAUGUGACAUUGCUAUAAAUUACCAACUAAAAUAUUUGUUUUUUAAACAUUUGUGCACAAAAGAAAAAUUUAAGCGCGCAGGAUAUUACUAGUUCAUUACCGGCUCUCGGGCCCUACUUUAACUUGGUCAUCAGGAAAAUUAUGUUAUUAGUUAAAACUUUUCUGUUUAUGUUUGGUC